GUUGUCCCUUGUGAUAAGGGCAAACGUUUGGCCUUGGGUGUUUUAUGACUUUCAAGAAGACGUUCACAUUGUACUACACCGCUGAGUAACACUGUACAGGUAAGUCCAGGAUGUCAGCGGAGGAAUAUUCAAAGUCCGAACGCUCUAUGCUAAUCCCCAAGGAGCAAGAUAAUAGAUGCUAUUCGACUGGCGGGGAGACAGGCACCUACAUCCCUCAUAGAAGCAUGAGUCGUCGGCAAAGGGUUGUGAACGCAGUAUGUAUUCUCGUAAUGGAGUUAUGUGAGCGCCUGACCCUCUUUGGAAUCGUGGCAAAUUUGGUGCUAUUUUGCAGGAAUGUGUUAAAGCUUGACUCACCAUGGCCGUCAACAGUCGGUCUCUUGUUACAAGGAAUGUGUUAUCUUACUCCUCUACUUGGUGGGUGGCUUGCUGAUACUUACUUGGGUCGGUUUAACACUAUCUUUGGAAGCGCCCUAUUGUAUUUUGCUGGAGUUGUGCUUUUGGCUGCAGUAUCAAUUCCUGACGAUCUAUUGGGGGCAGAGUUUGAUGCAACAGCAAGAACGGUGUACUUUGUCGUAGCCCUUGGGAUUAUAUCAUUUUGCACGGGAGGAAUUAAAGCCAAUGUGUCGCCCUUUGGAGCAGAUCAGGUGAAACAGGAUGGUCCAGGAGCUGUCCAGACCUUUUAUAGCUGGUUUUACUGGUUUAUCAACAUUGGAGCCCUAAUAGCUUAUACAGCAGUGGUAUGGCUCCAGCAAACAGACGUUUUCUCUGGUUAUGCCAUCCUAAUUGUAACGAUAUUACUUGCCAUGGUUGCUUUCCUGGCCCGUCGUAACAAGUACGUGGUCAAGCCGCCAGGGGGUAGCCAGCUGACAGAAACUGCAAAAAUUAUUUGGGAAGCCAUAACAAAACGAAAACAGAACACCAGUCGUUGGAUGGAUGGAGCAAAGAUAAGAUUUGGCGGAAGUUUCGGUGAUGCCCAAGUUGAAGAUGUCAAGGCAUUACUGAGAGUAGUACCAGUGUUUAUCACUUUCAUCGUCUACUUCGUAAUUUUCUCUCAGAUGGGCACAACAUUUCUUAUCCAAGGCACCUUCAUGAGGCUACAGUUUGAUAACUUUACCAUACCAGCAGCUUCUCUGACGGUUUUUGACAUCGUGAUCGUUCUUGUGCUAGCUCCCCUCAUGGAACAUGGUAUCUAUCCACUACUUGAAAGAAUUGGCAUCAAGGUGACGCCCCUGAGGCGCAUAGGUGUGGGUUUCCUGAUAGCGGCAGCGUCAAUGGUUGCGGCUGGUCUCGUUGAAAUUAAACGAAGGGAGGUAUGGCAAGCUGGUGAUGUUUGCAGACAGAUCGUUUUUGGGGAAGUUCACGAUGCCUCAUGUUUCAGUGUUAUCUGGCAGGCACCAGAGUUCUUGUUGAUUGGAGCUAGUGAAGUGCUUGCGAAUAGCACAGGACUUGAGUUUGCAUACUCACAGGCUCCUGAGUACCUCAAGGGAGUGGUGAUGGCCCUGUAUAUGGCUGCCUGGGGACUCGGAAGCUUUCUUGCAAACCUUCUUGUUGCUAUCGUUACAUCAGGAGGGAACAGUGAUUGGUACCCCGAGAAGGAUCCCAAUAGAGGUCGUUUUGAGUACUUUUUUUUUCUGGUGGCUGGUCUGCAGAUGCUGGAUUUUCUGUUGUUUCUGUACAUAACAUUUUCCUACGAAUACAAAGGAUCGCCUCAACUAAUUGAAGAUACAGAGGAAGAUCAGGAAGCCAAUGAACUGACUGUUUCAACUGUGCGUGUGUGAGUGAUGCCGGCACGUAUGUUUGUCGCAUUUUUUCGUCUUGCUGAUUAAGACUUGUUUACAGCAAUUAAGCUCUCGAGAAUAAAUGAAAUGAUUACCGAGCCAUGAAGCUCUAGAUUGUUGAGCAAAUUACGCCUAUCAGUACCUACGGAGAAUAUGCAUACUUACGCCAGAGUGUAUAGGGUUAGGGUGAUCGGCUAAGAACAGGUAAUUCUCAAGGGAAUAAAGGCUGAGCGAAGGGCUAACGCUCGAAACGUCAGCUUUUGUAAUUGUUACGGUGGCAAAUUUACCAUUUCAACCU